AUGAGCGAAAUUACAAGCAGUCAGUUGCAGGUCGUAAACGAAGUCGUCACGCACACAACAAACCAUAUCCCCAUCAUUAAGGGCGACUUUCUAAGCAUGUCCCCUAAAGUGAAAAGGUUUGUUGCGGAAAAAGCGGAGCUAAUGAAACCAAAAGCCAUCUACAUUUGCGAUGGUUCCGAACAGGAGAUGAAAGAACUUAUUGACUCGUGCUGCAAGAGCGGAGUUUUGAAGCCUCUGAAGGCUUACAAGAAUUGUUACAUUUGCCGCACAGACCCACGUGAUGUCGCCCGUGUAGAAUCAAAGACUUUCAUGAUCACACCUGAGAAAUACGACUCUGUCUGUCACAUACCAGAAGGCGAAAAAUCAAUGAUGGGACAAUGGAUCUCUCCAAAAGAUUUUGAAGUUAUGCUUGAUGAGCGCUAUCCAGGAUGCAUGAAUGGGCGCAUAAUGUACGUUAUUCCGUACUCUAUGGGACCAGUUGGUGGCCCUCUGUCAAAAAUUGGCAUUGAGUUAACAGAUUCUAGAUAUGUCGUUCUCUGCAUGCGCAUCAUGACACGUAUGGGCACGGAUGUUCUUAACGAACUAAAAAAAGAUGAUGCCAACUUCGUGCGAUGCAUCCAUUCUGUCGGCCAACCGCUGCCUGUUAAGACCGAAAUAAUUAAUAACUGGCCUUGCAACCCAGAGCAGACAAUCAUUGCACACAGACCAGCAGAAAGAGAAAUUUGGUCAUUCGGAUCUGGCUAUGGCGGUAACUCGCUCCUGGGUAAGAAGUGCUUUGCUCUUCGUAUUGCCAUGAACAUUGGAUAUGACGAAGGAUGGAUGGCAGAACACAUGCUUAUUAUGGGUAUUACACCUGCUGAUGGCGGUCAAGAGCGUUUCGUCGCUGCUGCCUUCCCAUCUGCAUGUGGAAAAACAAAUCUUGCUAUGUUACAACCAGCAUUACCGGGAUUCAAAAUCCGCGUUAUCGGCGACGAUAUUGCCUGGAUGAAAUUCGCAGAGGACGGCAGGCUGCAUGCCAUUAAUCCUGAAUAUGGCUUCUUUGGUGUGGCGCCAGGAACUUCUAACAAAACCAACCCUAUGGCCAUGGCCAGCUUCCAAGAAAACUCCAUCUUCACUAAUGUCGCUGAAACAGCAGACGGCGAGUACUUCUGGGAAGGUUUAGAGAAGGAAAUCAAAAACCCGAAAGUUGACAUGAUCGACUGGCAUGGGAAACCAUGGCACAUUGGAGACCCCGACAAGGCCGCCCAUCCUAACUCUCGAUUCACUGCACCGGCUGGCCAGUGCCCGAUUAUCCACCCAGACUGGGAAAAACCAGAAGGUGUUCCAAUAGAUGCCAUCAUUUUUGGUGGUCGGCGCCCUACUGGCGUGCCACUAGUCUUUGAAUCCUUUGACUGGGUACAUGGUAUUUUCGUUGGUGCAUGCGUCAAAUCUGAAUAUAAUGCUACAACUAAAUCAACAAAAUCUGAUACAGGCAAAGUUGUUAUGCAUGACCCAAUGGCCAUGAGACCCUUCAUGGGCUACAACUUUGGCAGGUACAUGCGACAUUGGAUGAAGCUUGGCCAGCCACCACACAAGGUCCCCAAGAUCUUCCACGUGAACUGGUUCCGCGUUAACGCAGACAAAAAGUUCUUGUGGCCAGGGUACGGAGAAAACAUUCGUGUACUGGACUGGAUCCUUAAAAGAUGUGACGGACGGGAAGACAUUGCCGAAAAAAGUGCUAUCGGAUACCUCCCCAAGAAAGGCAGCAUCAAUCUGGAAGGUUUGGACGUUAACUGGGACGAGCUGAUGUCGUUGCCGAAAGAUUACUGGUUAGAAGACAUGGUUGAAACGAAGCAAUUCUUUGAUAAACAGGUUGGAACUGAUCUUCCACCAGAAAUCGCCAAGCAGCUGGAAGACCAGACAAAGAGAAUCCAAGACAUGCCUUAA